GCGAAGGCGGGGAGACUUCGAGCUGUCGGAGGAGGCGAAGGUUGAGCUGAUCGAGAAGCAGAGCAAAAUGCAGGCGCGCAAGCGCCGCGGCUCCGUCAGCAUAGGAGAGGCCGCCCCCGACGAGGAGAUUGCAAACGCACUGAGGGAAAGUGCCACCUGCCACGUGCACGGGCUCAACGUCGAAGGCCUGUCUGUGCGCGUCGCGUCGCGUAUGAUGGGAAGCGUGACGCAGUCUUUUUGUUCAUGUUGGCUCGUGGAACGGCUUGACAGAUAUUCAGGGCUGCACGGUUCAGUUUUGCCAGCCUGUUUGUUUGUUGUCAAGAGGUUGCACGUCAUUUGACGUUGCAGGCGUUGUUUGUUGCCACGCGCAUGCAACAUAGCCUCGACCUCUUGUUAUUGCUCCGGCGCAGUGAGAAGCACAUGCGCAUGGUCAGGCCAUCUUAUCAUCAUUCAGCUUUCACUGCCGCCGUCCUGCAAGUAUGACACUUGCCGAGGCCAGUCUCACAUGGACGAGCGGGAGCGCGCCUCUCUUGCCACGCCUCGCUCGAGGAGGUGACCGCGUGCAGAGCGGCACUGCGGUCGAGGCGGUGGGCGAGGCAUGUGCGGCGCAGGAGGAGCAGGGAGAGCGUGACAGGGCGCCGUCGAGGGAAAGGGGUUCAUUGAGGGAGG